AUGUCGAGGAGGGUCCCUUGCAAAUUCUUCUUGCAUGGAGCUUGCUUCAAAGGAGAUUACUGUGAAUUCUCCCAUGACUGCAAUGAUCAACCAGAUAAUGUUUGCACGUUCUACCAGAAAGGGGCGUGCUCCUUUGGUAGCCGUUGCAGAAAUGAACAUGUUGAAGUUCAUCGUAACUGCCCCCAACCAGCAACCACUGCAGCACGUGCAUCCUCCAAUUCUUCUCAGCUAGUUGCUUCUUCCAGAGAUCCUCAUUGCAGCGAAUGCCAAACGGAUUUGUGUGACCAAACGCAGCAGAUAUGCAAGUCAACAACAACACUUUCUGCAUAUCAACCUGCAUGGGCAGUUGAUUGUCAUGACCAUGACACUCCAGAUGAUACCACAAGCUGGCCGUCGUACCAAGCUGUGCAAAAUCAAACAUCACAGCAUCCUGCUCAUCUGUCAAAUUGCUCUUCUGCUGCUGCUGGCACUUGUCCUUAUGGGAAAGACUGUUCUCAGAUGCAUGGAGAUCUAUGUGCAUUCUGUGAAAGACAGUGCCUGAAUCCUAAUCAACCUGACGAAAGGGGGGUACAUGUCAAGCUAUGCAAGAAAAACAACAGACUUCUUGAGGCCAUGAGAAAAAGUGAAGACAUAGAAUGUGGUGUGUGCUUGGACCGUGUGCUUUCAAAACCUACGGCAGCAGAAAGGAGGUUUGGGCUGCUAUCUGACUGUGACCAUUCCUUCUGCAUCUCAUGCAUUAGGAAUUGGCGUAGCACCUCUCCUACGUCUGGCAUGGAUGUCAACUCUACACUCAGGGCUUGUCCAAUAUGCCGCAAAUUGUCAUACUAUGUAGUUCCUAGCAUUACGUGGUACUCCUCAAAGGAAGAAAAACAAGAAAUUGUUGAAGGUUACAAGGCUAAGCUCAGGUCUAUUGAUUGUAAACACUUUGACUUCGGAAAGGGCACUUGUCCCUUUGGAAGCAGCUGUUUUUACAAGCAUGCCUACGAUGAUGGCCGUUUGGAAGACGCUUUAUUGAAUCAUCGUGACGCCGACGAUGCAAGUGCGGCGAUUGCCAGACUUAUGAGGUUGUCGUACUUACUGACUCGGGUGCAUGUCUAG